AUGGCCUCGGAUCUUAUGGAUGAAGAAGCUAAGACGAAAUCAUCGGUCGAAAUAAAUAAAAGACGACCUUUUGCAAAUAUUCAAAAUGGAUUACCAGCAUGUAACGAUAAAACUCCGAAUCGAGAUUCUUCGGAUCUUUUUAAUAAAUUUGAUCCUUCAAAAGGCAUGGAAAAUACAUUAAUCCGACGCAAGAAAAUGCAAGGAAUAAAGGGAAUAGGCUGGAAGAGACGAGUAGAGCAAACCAUGAUAAGCUUAGAAGAACAAAUUAAAGACAUGAAAAAAAGUAAAAACGAUGAAGAAUUUGUUGAAAAUACUUCUAACUUGAAAGAAUCUAUCGUAAUUGAAAACGGAGAACAGAUAACAAAAAUUGAAGACGUGGUAUUCACAAGUACCUAG